CGCAAGGUUGGCCGGUCAGGAGUUUCUCGGGCGCCAUUUUUGAAUGUAGUCGACUGGGUGGGGACGGAGUGGCGGUUAUCCCUGGAAUAUGGGUGUCACGGGGCGGGUGGAGGAGCGGCGGGCCGUUCCGCCAACAUGGAGAGGGCCAGAGCUAAGCCUCUGGCUGUUGCUGGAGCCGCGGUUUGUUGCUUAGAAAGGAAGCCGCGAUAAAUAAUUGGGCCUGGUUAUAGGAGAGGGCCGUGAGACACGGGCGCCUCGUCACAGAGAUAUGCGGGUGCCAGUCCCCAUUGUCGUGAGGGGCGCUGGCGUCACGCAUGUCUCCCCGAGCGCCAAGGGAAGGCCCGCAGCAGGGGCUGAGGGAGGAGCUGGUUAGAGCCACCUGCGGGUAAGAGACGGGACGGGAAGCCAACGCGGGUUGGCUGCGAACCUUUCCCCUCUGGGUUUAGGUGAUAUGUCCAACAAGAACUCAACGGGGUCUGACACAGAAAGUGAACAUAAUUUUUAUUCUGACUGUUGGGAAGAAAGUCUUAUACAUAUCAACAAAGACUCACUUGACUCUGACAGUGAAAGUGAUCUCUAUCUUCAUUCAAAUAGUCAGUGCAGUUUGUUUGAAAAAGAAGGAAAAAGCAAAUUGAAAAAAACUUUAUUGGUCUCAGAAAAGAGCCUUAGAAAAUACUGCAAAAACUGCCCCUUUCUACAACAUUUAGAGAACACCACACAGUUUCAAGUGGAAUUAUCUCCAGAAUCUAUAUUGCAAUUAAACUUUAAGGACUUUCAGACAAAUGGUCAGUCGUCAAAAGCUUAUUCACCCAAAAUAUUUCCAGAUCUUGACAGGUCUUAUAGAGACCAUUUGUGCUUAAAUUGUAGAAUCCCUUAUGUGACUGUUACUAAGAAUUCAGAAAAAGAACAAACCUUUUAUACAAUUAAGGAAGCUUAUGCAUUUGAUAAGCUACAUCAAAAUCAUCCAUCAACUGAUUAUUAUCCCACUUCAAAGCAGAACAAAGCUGUGCAAGUUUCCUUUCCUUGCAAAGAAACGGAAGCUGAGGAAAAUGCUGUCUGUGAAUUUUUCAAACAAUCAGCAAUACAUUCUGAAGUAGAAGAGACACCAAACAGGAAAGCUAUAAUAUUUCACAGUACUGAAAGUAUUUUCAGUAAAAAGACAAAUUCUAAUGAACUGGUGAAAGACAAUUCUGAUUACUCUUCAGAAAAGCCUUAUAAAACUCACAGUCCCCAGACACCUGAGCAAAUCUAUUUGCACCCCAGAUCUGGAGAACUUGCUAUUUCUUUGGUAUUAGAAGCAGCAUAUAGAGAUCCAUCUGGUUCAUCACAAGGAGUUGGUAAUUCUUCAAAUGUUAGGGUGGGAAAAGAGGAUUCACAGAGGCAUGCUUUAGCUUUUAAAUUUAAAGGCCCGGAAUAUAACCAGUUGUUUAAGAAGUUGCGUAUUUCUAUUGUUCCAAGUUCUGUACACUCAGAUACAGAGAAGGAAAAACAUAAUACACCUUUUAUAAAGCUGGUAGGGCUUUCACAAAUUUUGGUUGAUGAGUCCAGACCAUCUCUUGCCUCCUAUGCUGAAUCAUCUGAAGCUAGUCAGCCUCUGGCAACUCAUCCAGAGCCAUCUGAAUCCCGAAGCUUCAGCAGUGAUUCUGACCAAGUGCUAUCUUCACUGGAACUUUGGUCUUCCAGUGGGUUCUUUCCAUCACUGAAGCAUUCACACACAACUCAGUCUUCUCACUACUUUGUCCAAUCAUUGCCAUGUUACAAGGUUACCCCUGUUCAUAGGACUUCUGAAGUUCAGAAAGUUCAACUGAAGGCCUCCAGGCCUGUGAAAUCUGUUGUGUUUACCAAAAGCACAAAAGUACAGAAGGACAGGAAACUGCGAGCCAAACCUCAUACUUCCAAAUUUCAGUGGUCCAAGGCUUUGUAUACUGAACCAAUAAACCAAAAUCCUCAAGCAGCAGAAAUAAACAAACCGUAUUUUGUACCCUUAACACAGGCUACUAAAUGUACCUGCAGCCCAUUGCUCGAUUUAACUGUUGAUUUGCAUUCUGAAGAAAAGUAUUCUGAAACGCUCCGAAGUGUUCACAGAAAAUAUUUCAAAAGAACUGGAGGUGGCAAAGUAACUCCUAGAUUUUCCUCCUGUUGCCUGCGAAAUCCAAAUCCUAGAAGCCAUUUUGAGAAUCUCCAAUAUAUUUCUCCAGGAAGAAAGAAAAGAAAUUCAAAGAUGCGAAACAUACUGAACUAUUUAGGUUGGACUGGAGGACAGAAGCCAUGUGAAAACUGUAAAGGGGGUGUUUCUCCCACUCUGGAUAGUUCAAAUAUAAAGAGGAAUGAGAUACGCACUCCACAUCCCCCAACUGAUGGAAAUUCCUUUGCCUCACUUCUUCCAGGUUCAAGGAAUAGUCCAGUUCCACUUCCUACUGCACUUUCUCUUUCAAAUGAGUGGAGGCAUUCAUCUGCUCCCUGUAUGCAAACUGAAAGAGGCACUUGGAGUCCUGCACUAUCCUAUUCUGAUGCUAAAUGUAGCAAUUCUCAUUCUCCUUGUGCAAAUAUUAAAGUAGUGCAGCUACCCAGGGAAAUGAAUAUGCUUAAAAAUAAUGGAGCUGUCCAGAUGGCUGGUGGAGGCUUAGCCCCCAGGAAGCAUUCAAUCUGCCCAUGUGGAACUAUGUCUCAAUGUGGCUUGUUCCCCAAUGGAGAUAUUUCAGAGUUGGUUAAGGAAAAAGCUAGAGGAAGCCCCAAUAUUAACCCGAGAGCCAAUAUGACUGAAUUCAGCAGGGUGAAUUCCCAUGCAGGAACCUUCAACACACAGGAAGACUGCUGUGCUAGUUGUCGUCAUUUCUCUCCAAUGUGUUAUUUUCAUGAUCCACAAGAAAUGGCAAGAAAUCAUUUUACUAAAGUACAGUCCUUCUUUGAGAAUGGAUGUCCUAGGAACUUGAGAGAAAAUGUUGUAGAGAGAAACAAGGCACAGAAAAGAGAUGAAAGAAAAAAUGUCAGCUUCCAUAUAGGACCGAGUUAUUCACAAGUGACAGGUACACACAAUGCAUCACUUUCUAAUUAUGGCUAUCAGGCACCUGUUUAUCACUCUGAAUGCUCAGGCUGUUCAUGCUGCCAGAAUACUGUUAAAGAACAUCUUGACUUAAAACACCAAGUGCUAAAGAACUGCUUAAACAGAGAGAGUGUUUUUCUAGUGGACCCUGGAAAGGGGACUAGAAGCCAGUGCAAAUGUUCCCAGGAAAUCCCUCUUUUCUGUGCUAACCAAACUGAUACGUAUGAGGGAAACAGGUGUGAUUUCCAUGAGAACAGAAUCUAACCUUACUCAGGGAUCUUCACAUUUUAACCAAGGAUGGAAAAGUCUCGAUGGAAUCCACAAACGCUGUAAAAAAAGAAGAAGUUGGUACAGUUGUUUUCAAUGACAAGUCAGUGUUUUAAAAAAUGAAAUGUUGACUUGUUGGUAUGUGAUUUGUAGGGAAUAUCAAUAAAUGAAGACCCACAAAGGAUAGUCAUAAUGGGUUGUAGCCAAAUAGUGACACAUGCAGCUCAUGUUGAUACUGCAUUGCAGUUUCCCCACCAAGCAAAGAAGGAUAAACUGUUUGAUAUACGUGGAGAAUAAGAGUGCUUCUAAAUUGUUGUUGUUUUGGAUUGUGGUUCAGUCCCAUAAUGGGAAAUUCAGGUUACACAGCUGAAAUUUAUUUGGCAUUCUAGCAUAGCAACCUUGCCUUCUCCCAGAAUUGGACUUUUUGCCAUAAUGAAAGUGACUGAAAAAUGCACUGGAAAGUGUGGAUAAUGCUUGAAACAACACGGUCUGUUAUCUUCACACAGAUCAGAAUGAAGGCUCAAUAAAUAAUGUCUAACAUCCCUGCAAACUUUGUGCAAACAAAUGAGGAUAAAAGCUCAAUGAACAAGUUACCUGGAAGGAACUUUAAGUUUCAAUCCUACGCCCGCUUAUGGAGGAGUAAGCUCUAUUGAAAUCAAUAGGACUUGUUUCAACAAAGAUGUGUAACACUGCACUGUUAGCAUCAUAAUAAUGCAUAUUGUUUAUGGUAAAUUGCUGAAGUAUAUAUGAUAUUAGUCUAAUACAGCAAAAGCAAUGAAGUGUUGUGUGAUAUCUUGAAGACUAGCAGAUUUAUGGCAUACACAUUAGGCAGGGAUAGCUCCCUUGACCGUGGCUGGAACUGAUGAGAGCUUGGAGUGCAACAUUAUAUUUGGCUGCUCCUAGAUUAGAGCCUACAAGAUCAUAUUUUCUUUAGUCCUGUCCCAAAUAGUUCUGUGGACUUAACUCUCCUUGAAAGCAUGUUCUCCCUAAACAGGAGUAUUGGAUGAAAAGCUUUUUACCUCUGACCUGCCAGUGAACUGCUGUCAAGCAGCAGUUUGGCAGUCAGUGUUUCCUUCUGUUUUCUCCAGUGCUCCCUGCCAGUCUGCAUGUAAGAUUCAUGUGACUAUUUUCACUAGUUAUGAAUGCCCAGUUCAUGAAUCCUGAGUCUCAUGAUCAAUUUUUGUAUCAUCAAGUAGAUGUGCAAGUAGACUUUUCUGCAUUACCUUGUAGCACCCACAUGAUGGCAGUAUAUGAAGGCAAGACCUCUAUCUUUCAGGAUUAUUCUUCAGUAUUUACAAUAUUAUUUGAAACUUUCUCUUUUUCUUGUUUCAGUCGCUAAACUUUAUAAUCUGCACACUGUUCCUGUAAGAUAGCUUUACUCAAUUAGCUUUGCAGGAGACCUGAGCUUAAUAGAAGAGAUUUUGUGGCAUUACCAGUCUAUGCAGAUCAAUGUAGCUAGUAAAUUCACUUGGUCAUGAAUGAUAUAAACUGCAGCUGAUGUGCAUGCUUAUGCAUUAGCUUUUCCGGGUCUAGGAUUCAGUAUGGUUGAAAUUCAAUUUUUGUAACUAGCUGUGACUAAUCAAAUGAUUCACAUCACUUCACUAUGAUCCUAUUUAGGUUUACAGUGGAUGUUAUGGACUGAUGGUUUCAGCUGUUCUGUUGAAUUUAUACUCUUUUGCUGAGUUUCUGUUUAAAUCACUAGUUACUUAAAGGAAUGUGAAGCUAUGGAUGGAGAGAUCAGUCCAGCUCUUAUCUAUGUCAUUUUCACAGGUGAUCAUUCAUUAUUUGUCCAUGUUCAUCUGUAUUUUUAAAAAAAUGCAAUGAAAAUUUGUAUUUAAAUAUCUAUUUUCUCAUAUUACACAUUUCUAAAUGUAUUUUAUCUUAAAAUAGGCACUUUCAUACAAAUUUUGGUGUGUCUUUUGAGCCGAAAUCUGUAUUUCUACAUUCAGAGAAGUGUGAAAUAUCAUAGUGAAUGUGCAUUCCACAUGCUCAUAGUGUAUGUCCUUUAGUUUGGAUAAAUAUUAUUAGAAUUUACAGCA